CCAGACUGCAGCAUGCUGUUGGCGGAUCCAGAACUACAGCUGGGGCAAACCAACUGGGGGUCCCACGCAAUUCCCUGGACUAGCACACUCACCAGUGGGAGGGAAGGCAGGUUCCUCUUCAUUUCCCUUCUCUUCCUCAUCUUCGUACCUCAAGGGACAUCCUGGCCCCACAAUCACAGGUAUUUGUACAACGACUGCCCCGGUCCUGAGUGGAACGCUAUGUGUUCGGGCUGUUGUGAGUAUGAUGUGAUCCGCUGCAAAUGCCCCCUGCAGGGGACUUCGGUGGGCUAUUCUGUGCCCUGCUGCCGCAAUGCCAUCAACGAGUGUGACCCCUGCAUCAUCCAUCCAGGUUGCAGCAUAUUUGAGAACUGUAAGCGGUGCAACAAUGGAACGUGGGGUCCCAGGGAUGACUUCUUCGUCAGGGGCCAAUUCUGUGCUGAGUGUCGUCCUGGAUGGUCUGGUGGCGAUUGCAUGAAGUGCGGUGGGGUGAUCCAUAAACGACAGGGCCACAUGGUGCUGGAGAGCUACCCAAACAAUGCUCGCUGUGAGUGGACAAUACAGGUGGACCGGCCUUUUACGAUCGAACUCAGGUUUAUGAUGCUGAGUUUGGAAGCACAUCCCACAUGUCGCUAUGACUACGUGGAGGUCAGAGAUGGCGACAGCAUCAACUCUCGUGUCGUGGCUCGGUUAUGUGGCAACAACAGACCUGCUCCCAUUCAGAGUUCUGGAAACAGUCUACACAUUCUUUUUGAGUCGGACGGCUACAAGAACUUCGAUGGCUUCUUCGCCACGUUCCAGGAGAGCUCAGCCUGCAGCUCCUCUCCUUGCCUACAUGAUGGAACUUGUAUCCUUGACAGCUCUUACGCAUAUCGCUGUGCCUGUCUGGCUGGCUAUGCAGGCAAGAGGUGCGAAAAUGUGGUUGGAUGCCGUAGGCCACCUGUGCCAACCCACGGAUCCACACAGGGAGUGUUUCAUCACUCAGGGGCGCGCGUCACUUUCCAGUGUGAUUCAGGCUUUGAGUUGCGGGGGUUUUCUACUGCCAUCUGCUUGACUGACGGCACCUGGAGUGCGCCUUCCCCGCAAUGUGUUCCAGUGGAAAGGGUCUGUGUUCUACCACCAAAGCCAGCACACGGGGACCACUUCUUGGUUUAUGGGCCCAAUGAUGUUUUAAUCGCUCUCCAGUACCUUUGCCACCAGCCUUAUGAACUCACUGGAGUCUCUCAGAGAACCUGCCUUUCUAACAAUUCCUGGAGUGGAAGUCCACCUGAUUGUAGGAGAGUGAAUAACACACUCACACAAGCUGAAAAAGAAAGGAAAGAAGCUGGAGGGGAGACAGGAAAAAGCGAAGACAAAGAAAUACACGGUGAUAAAAAUGUCAGCAAAGACACAAAAAGCGUUGAAAAAGAAAGUGAUCUCAGGAAUACAACGAGAGAAGACAAAAACACUGGUGUUCGUCCCGAGAAAACUGGGUCUGAGGAAAAAAACAACGGUCAGGAUAAAACGACAAGCAGCGGUGAAGAUCAAGAAGAUAAAGAACCUGAAAUAGUAAAACCUGGGAAGAGAGACGACAGCCAUUCCCCAAAGUCGGAGACAGAUAUCACUGAGAUAGAGGUGAUAAAAGACAAAGGGCAGGAAGAGAAGGAAAGAAAAGAGGAGCAAGUGAAUGGAAAGAAAAACUCAGGGAAGGUCGGACCAAACGACACGAAGCUGAGGACGGUCGUCUCGGAGGAAAUAAACACAGUCAACAUAUUGGAACAGGGAACGGCGAAGAACGACACAGUCAAGGACGAUAUCAAUGACAUCAAGAAAAAAAGCAAUAACACGACAGGUUUUCCAGAGAGGAAAAUCCUUCCCUCGCAAGUCAAUAUCACACAGUACACUUUGUAUAGGUCAGUGGGUGAGGAAGGUGGAAAACCAAAAGAAAAAACAACCAUCAGAGAAGGCAAAGCAGAGACAAGUCCUACUGAAAAACCAAAAGAGGAACCUGAUAUGAACGGGGAAGAGGAAGAGCGAUGGAAGGACAUCAACCAAAGUUUCACUGAGAGGAUGUGCCCUCCUCCCCCUCGCCUCUAUCACGGCUAUCACAGAACGGUGCCAGGGACCAAGCCUGAGACAGUACAGUUCUUCUGUAAUCACUCCUACGCUCUGAGUGGAGACUUCCAAUGGAGCUGCCAGCCAAAUGGUACCUGGAGCGGCAAACAGCCUCUCUGUGUCCGAGCUUGUCGGGAGCCCAAAGUUUCAGAAUUGGUCAGACAAAGAAUUCAUCCACCUCAAGCACCAUUUAGAAAGACACCAGUACACAAGCUGUACUCCUCUGCAUUGGGCCGACGGGUCCAGUCAGAGGGUCCCACGAAAAGCCCACCAAUACUCUCCCAGCUGGCUCAAGGCUUCCAUCACCUCUACACACAUAUAGAGUAUGACUGUGUGUCUCCUUUCUACCAACACAAUGGCAGCCCUCGGCGGACAUGCCUGAAAACAGGCAAAUGGAGUGGGCGUCAUGUCUCAUGUUCACCAGUGUGUGGGAAGCAUCCAACCUUUGACCCUGAGAGGCCGGGAGAGGCUCACUGGCCUUGGCUGGCAGCCAUCUACCGCCGCACCACCAAUGGUGCCGGGACCAAGGUGACCAAGGCAGAUAGCCACUUGGGGUCUGUGAAGAAGGAUGGUGGCGCAAAAUCUGGCAACCAUAUUCGUGAUUCUGACUGGCAGCUGGUGUGCAGUGGGGCUCUGGUGAACCAAAGGAGUGUUGUAGUUGCAGCCCACUGUGUGACAGACCUGGGGAAGGUUUACCCUCUGGAUGCAGCCAAAAUCAAGGUGGUGGUUGGGAAACACUACCGUGAUGAUCACAGAGAGAGUAAAGGUUUCCAACAUCUGAGGGUUGCCUCCAUCAGCGUUCACCCCAACUAUGACCCCCAUAUUCUUGACUCAGACAUAGCUAUCAUCAAGUUAAUGGACAAAGCAAAGGUUGGAGAGAAAGUGUUGCCCCUCUGUCUAUCAGACAGUCAGGGUGAGGGGGAGAUCUCCGGACAAGGGCUUGUCACCGGCUGGUCUCCACUUCCUGACUCGGAUUUAAAUGCUGAUGAGAAAGCAAGAGUCGGACUUGUCCAACUCGCUGACAUUGUCCCAUGCGAGCAGCAAUAUGCCCGAAAUGGUGUGCCAAUCAGUGUUACAGACAACAUGUUGUGUGCUAGCCAGAAGCCUGACUAUGGACCCUCUAACAUAUGUCCCUCUGACACUGGGGGGAUUCUUGUCCUUCCUGCUUACACUGACAACAACCAGAAUCCCUUUGUUGGCAGCAAUCAUGUUGGGAACAAAGGAUUUUGGAGACUUCUGGGACUUGUGAGCUUUGGCUAUGACCAAGGAGAGUGUGAUCCUGACCUCUAUACGGUCUACACACAUGUAGCAAACUUCAAAGUCUGGAUCGAGAGUCAUAUGAAAUAGAAAUCGUAACAUGUGACUCAUAAUAUUUAAAUGCACAUGCUUAUUUCUGUUCCCUUUUGUUUGUUUGUUCAAUCUGGUCACCCAGCAGUCUCAUUUUUGUAGUGUUUUGCACAAACGCAACACUGGACAACACUGUGCUUUAAGUCAGGGGCGUCAAACAUAUUUUCAUGAUACUGAUCAGUCCCUUCAGGAUUUUGUAAUGUUGCGAUGGCGACAAUUCACGCAAAUUCAACUAAUCCCUGCGAAUAACGCGCGGCUUUGCAAAUGUUGCACAAUCCCCACAAAUACUCUGCACAUUUUGCCAAUCGGAUUUGUCCCAGCAGCACUCAAACGCAACACAACAUCAAUUGUCUGCCUGCAUUACCAGGGGUGACUUUGCCACAACUUUUUGAAAAUGCUGCAGUGAAACUAUGCUUUUUUUUAGGUCUUAACGAUCCCAAAAAAGCCUGCAAAAUCCUGGAGCAACUGAUUAUUACAUAAUUGCCCUUUCAUUUGAUUACUAUCGUUGUUUACCAACAACCUAAUGGAAAGCGUUCUUUGAAAUCAGAAGUCAAAGUGACAAGCAAAUAUUUUGGUUCGGCUAGUCUAGCAGGUAAUGUGAAAAUAGUUUCAAUGACAAAAAAAUCUCGGAAUAGCUUUUUCAAUCAAAUAUCAUCGAAUUUAAAGGGAAUUUAAUUGUUGCGGUAAUUUUGCCUAUCAUUCACAAUCCCUAUGUAAGACAAGAACACAUGUUUGUUUUUUUUAUUCAAAUUUUUUAAAUUACAUCAAGUAUAAGGUGGCUUACAAUGCAACUAAUGGGAGUACUAUAUUGUGCCCAUAAAGCUCUCUAAAAAACAUCAAAAAAAUGCUAACAAUACUCCAUUUACAUAAGCGCUAACACAGACAAACUUUUAGCCGUGCCGGGAUGACAGAGCGCCAACUAGCUUAGGCAGCUACAGUAUUGACAUACUAAGCUACUGCUGCUGCUGUAUCGCCUCUAAAAUGGUAAAAGUUAAUUCUAGAUUAUAAAUCAUGCCUUUUAUUUAACUAGAAGGUUGUAGCCAUGAACCAAUAAUCUGGUCAACUUUGAUGUUCAACUUAGACCCGUAGAUGGCGAGAAAGACACAAUUAUUAUUAUUAUUUUUUUUUUUUACCUACAGGAGGAUUAUGAUUAAUUCUUCACCAAAAGGGGAAGAUAUGAACAUCCCAUGAGUCGGCAACCCAGUGAGAGCAGACAUUGUAAACUACGUGAUUGUUGUAUUAUGUUCAUAGUUUGUAUUCCUUGUUUAGGUCUUAGCAAUAUUGCAACAGGAUGCUUACGAUGUUUCACUAAAGCUGGAUCCGUUGUGCACACAGCUUCUUAAACUUGUAGCUCCUGCUCUGUAUAUUCAGGAUUGAAAAUAUGAGGUUCUGGAUCGUCCUUUGUCCCAAAGUAGAAUUAUGAAUCAUGCCAUGAGUAGUAGUGUUAUUGUUGUUGUUAAAAGGAAAAGCGAACGUUGUAAUGCGUCUGUGACAUCAAUGCACCGCUGUAUGCUUAAAAUGAGCAAAAUAAGUAUAUGCAAAAUACGUAUGAUAAUAUAUGUUAUUAUGAAGGUGCCUGUUACUACAGUACAUACAUACUUACAGCGUGUGUAUACAAUGUUGAUAGACGUUUUUGGAUGUUUUUAAGGGUGCUUUAGGGGCGAAAGAGAGCAACUCCCAUUGGUUAGAUUGUUAGCUGACUUUUGCUGGCAUUUAUUGACGAUUUAGAGUGCAUUAAAAUAAACAAAAACGUGUGAUCUUGUACUACAAAAAGAUUGUGAAUUAUAGACAAAAUUCUCCAAAAAUCACAGUUCCCCUUUAAGAACUGCAUUAGUAUUGCAUUGAAACAAAUAUCUCUCUAAAUUUAAAAACAUACCUACAAGAAAGAUGAAAUGCCUUAUUGACGUACAUUAUUUCCAGGCUUAUGAAAUUAAAAAAACUUUGGCAAGCCAGAUGUGGCUGAGUUUAGUCCCCUGUGCUUUAAAGGGGAACUGCACUUUUUUGGGAAUUUAGCGUAUUAUUUGCAAUCAUUAUGAAAGGCAUGACGAUGGAUGUUAUUUUUUUAUUGUUUUUGCAUUCUAAAUAUUAAAUAAAUGCGGUCAAAAGUUCGCUCACAGUGGAGCCUAUGAAGCUGCGCCAUUCUGCCUAUGAAGCCCUUAAAAACAACUGCAUAUAUAUGUAAUGUAGGAAUGGGUACAUUAGUUGUAACAUUUAAUAUUUGCAUAUUUUGAUCAUUUUAAGCAUCAAAAAGGCAUCAAAAUGUGUUGGUUUUUUCCUUCAUCACUGAUUUUUACUCACUGGAGACUUUAUAAGAGCCAACAAACAUAAUGAAAUAUCACUUACUGUACAAUGUCUGCUGUCAUUAGGAUGUCGACUGCUGGGACGUUCAUAUAUUCCUAUUUAAAUGAAGGAUGACCAUAAGCCUCAUGAAAAAACAGGGUGGGGAACCACACACGUCUUGUUGUGUCUUUCUCGCCAGUUCCAGGCCCUAAAUGGCUGUCAAAGUGUACCAACUUGUCGGAUUACCUCCUCAGACUUCUUCUGUCCAGGUGAGAGGCAUGAUUUAUGAGGUGCGGGGUUUGGUGGUAGUGGGGGUGUAUAUUGCAGCCCGGAAGAGUUCGGGAUGCAAGGGGUUCUGGGUAUUUGUUCUGUUGUGUUUAUGUUGUGUUACGGUGCGGAUGUUCUCCCGAAAUGUGUUUGUCAUUCUUGUUUGGUGUGGGUUCACAGUGUGGCGCAUAUUUGUAACAGUGUUAAAGUUGUUUAUACGGCCACCCUCAGUGUGACCUGUAUGUCUGUUGAUCAAGUAUGUCUUGCAGUCACUUUCGUGUGUUUGCAAAAGCCGCAUAAAACAUGUGACUGGGUCGGCACGCUGUUUGUUUGGUGAAAAAGCGGACGCUAAAGGCAGUGCCAUCACGGCACGACUUUAAUAUUGUUGUCCGGGUGAAAAUCGGGAGAAAUUCGGGAGAAUGGUUGCCCCGGGAGAUUUUCGGGAGGGGCACUGAAAUUCGGGAGUGGCAAGUAUGCCACUGGAUGAUGUAAACAUAGGGACACACGACUAUAAAUAGUUUGUCUGUGUUAGCGCUUAUAAUAACAAUAUUACUAAUACUCGGUCACAGGUCACAAAAUGUAAAUGGAGUAUUGUUGGCACUUCAAUAUUUAGAAUGCAUUAAAAAAAAAAAUCCAUCCAAUAGGCAAAAUUCCAAAAUAAAAAGUGCAGUUCCCCUUUAAGCGAAGAGAUCAGUCUUGAAAAAACAACCACCCAUGAGUGCGUCCUCAGGUGUACUGUAUUUACUAUUUACAGUAUAUUGUAAUGUACUGACUUUUCUGUAUGACAAUGAUCUUGAUGUAAAUAUUGUAUUGAAAAAGACUGGAAAAACCGGAUGUUUUUUUAAUUAAAAAGAAGAGGUGGUAACUGUGGUUGUGUUGUGUAAUAUUAUACUUCUGCUUUACAGCCAUUCAUGUCUAGUAAACAAAAAAAGAAACUCAAAUUGCAUUGAAUAUAAAAAAAAAAAAAAAAACCUGCUUGCUCGGUGAAGCAUGGUCUGUGUUAUGAAGCAAAUGAAUCCAGGUCAGAGCAGCACCAUUUCCACAACCAUAAACGGAGCAUAUUAUUCACAUAUCAUUUCACUCCUCUGUGCUCAAAUUAAAUCAAUUACUUCCAAUCUGACCCUCCUCCAUUAUUCAGUUUGUAUCCUGUGCAAGAAAGCAAAAACAAGAACAUCUCCAUCCAUUGUUCAGAAGCACGGUGAAAGGUGCUAGGAAUGUGAUUAAAGAGACACAUUAAAAAUGCAAACCUCAGGCAGAAUGUUCAAAUACGCCUGGUCAUUUAUUCUUUGACUCCAUUGUGCAAGAAUGUGUUUUAAGGGACAAACGCCCAUCAUUCUUCAUUAGAUUUUC